AUGAACCCUAUUACCUCUCAAGCUCUCUCUUCCUGGCAGUCGUUUUGGUCUCCGGCCACCAAACAGCAACCAGGACCGGGCAGGCCCAGUGGUGGUCUACUAUCACUGGCCGUAGCCAGUGUAAAUACUACAACUCUGUCAUCCUGCAAUGCCUGGAUCAUCUCCAAGCUCUGUAUACAGAAAUUAUCCAUAAUCUCUAUCUCCGUAUAUUUUCACCCGAGCGCAGACCUAUCCACACUCUUAAGCCAACUUCAAGCGACAAUCAACGACAUUCUGGCCACACAUUACUUUGACUUAUUUAUCAUCGCCGGCGACUUCAACGCCAGACCUGGCACACUUGGACACACGGACGAAAAUAUAAUACGAGGCUCCUCCCUUAAUAAGGAUCGUUCCUCGCUGGACCUCAUACACAAUCAAAGAGGCUCAACAGUUCUGGAGUUUUUCGAAGCAAACGGUUUCACCCUUCUUAAUGGUCGUACACCUAGCGACACGCCAGGUCACUUCACGUUUACAAACAAAAAUGGACAAAGUGUGGUUGACUUGACCUGGGUAAACAACGACAGCCUUCACCUAGUCAAAGACAUGUGGGUUGACGAAAUAGUUUCUAAGUCAGACCACUUUCCAACUACAAUUGAAAUUUACUCCAAGUAUAGUGCAAAUAUGGAUGUGUCAAAUCCUGCCCAGGGUACAUCCAAGGCUACACAGUACAAACUCUGCUGGAAGAAGGACAAGAAGAACAACUACAAGCACCAAAUGGCCUGGUCUCCACGGAUCACUUGUGACCUUGCUCACUCACACACCGACAUACUGUGUGAUAACCUAUGUUCUGCCAUUCUAGAUGCCGCCAGUGAAUGCCAGCUAAUGCACACUGUCCAUACUAACUCCAAGCGAGUCUAUCACAAGCCCUGGUACAACAACGAAUGUGCAGCUGCCAAGGCUGCCGUCAAAUCCUCUCUGGCCCAGUGCAAAGCAGCACUUCAACCUUGGUCAAGUUACCACGACAUCAAAGCCAAAUACUACUCCUUAUUAAAGGAUCGUCGCUCUGAUUUUGAUCUACAGAUUCGCAAGAAAUUUAGAAAUGUUCGCAACGCAACUGAGUUCUGGUCUGUGGUGAAUUCUGCCCGUAAAACUACACUGAAGCCAUCGCAAAUAACCCUCGGACAAUGGGAAUCUUUCUUCCACGACAUAUAUGCCCAUAAUCCAGCACCCGAUUACUUAUAUUCGAGCCCUUCGGACCCUCAGCUUGACAAGGACAUCACAAUAGAGGAAUUAAAUCUCAGCCUAGCUAAGUCGAAAAUGGGUAAAUCGCCCGGCACUGACGGCAUACCCAAUGAGUUUUACAAAGCGCUACCAAACAACUGGAAACUAUAUCUAGUAGCUCUCUUCAACAAAAUUUUAAGCACUGGUACAACGCCCACAGAAUGGUCUCACAUUCUGAUGUGUAUGCUCCACAAAAAGGGCGAUCUGCUGAAUCCCAGCAACUACCGGGGCAUUGCCCUCGUAAACAGUCUCGAAAAAAUAUUCACCCAGAUUAUCCAUGAAAGAAUCCGUGUGUGGGCUAAGUCAUGCAACAUCAUCCCCGAAGAACAAGCCGGUUUCCAACCUGGUCGUGGCUGUGAAGACAAUGUUUUCACGCUUUUAGCUCUUCUUCAAAUGCAACUUCGCUUCAAAGACGCUACUACCUAUGCACUUUGUAUAGAUUUCAAACGAGCGUUCGACUCAGUGCCGCACCAAAAGCUCUGGAAAAAACUUAUUGACCUUGGACUCAACCCUAAGACUGUGAACCUGUUGAUGAAACUAUACAAAAAUCUAAAGAUGCGGGUAAAAAACAUUGGUAGUCUUUCAGAACCUAUCACCAUAACUGAAGGUGUAUUACAGGGUGAAGUUCUAAGCCCUCUCCUGUUCUGUCUUUACAUAAGCGACAUAAUACAAUUUUUUAAAGAAAGAGGCGCCGAGGGACUCUUUGUUGAUGCGAAAGAGGUACUACUUCUGUUAUAUGCCGAUGACAUUGUCCUACUAGCAUCCACCGAAGUCCGACUCCGCAAAAGCCUGGUGAUACUCGAAGAAUACUGCCGAAUAAACAGCUUAACCGUAAAUACUAAUAAGACCCAAAUACUAGCUUGUAAAUCCACUGGCAGAAUCUCGAAGAAACGUAGAAAAUUCAUGUUCAAUGGCAAAGAAUUAUCAGUAGUACCGAACUACGAAUACCUCGGCAUAAAGUUCUGUACUUCGCUCAAGGGAAACCUUGCAGCCGCACAUGCAACAAAAAAAGGAAAAACAGCCAUUGGAACUGUGCUAAACAUCACUAAAAAUCUCAAAGGUGACUCUUGGCUAGGAGCAGUCAAGCUCCAUAAUAGUCUAGCCCGUUCAACUGUCACAUACCUUGCACAUCUCAGCUGCCUGAGCCUAGACUGCAUAGAACAACUGGAAACGUCACAACUUUACUUCUUCAAGCGCCUAUUUUCACUACCCAUGUGUACCCCUGGCUAUGCCAUCAGACUCGAACUCAGCCUCGAACAUACAGCUGUCCACAUACUUAAGGCAGCCAUCAACUGGGUAAUUAAAGUACUUAGCAUGCCUGCGCAUAGACUACCUCUACUCUGCCUGCGCAAACUGGUAGCCUUGAAUGCGACACCUUUCAACUCAUCUAAACUAAACUGGGCCCAACAACUAAGGAACUUAUUAGCUCAUAUCCAGGAAGACACUAUGCUUGAUAGACUUGAGGCAGACUACUGGAAGAGAAGGAAAGACACCAUUUUAUCCAAAUUUCAAACCUACAUGCGUAGCUUGGACUUGAGCCGUUACCGGGCGUCCUCGGCCUGCCAGUUCAAUUUCAUUACCCAGAUAGCGCCUGAACGUAUAACAGUCCAACCUCUACAUCUCAUGAGAACCUUGUUCCAACUGAGACUAGCCAGCAAAUACGCCUGCCACAUAACAAUCGAUGGCUACACGCACAGGCUAUCUCCAACCAAUACGUGCUCAUUCUGCCACCUUCCGGACACCGAAUCUGCUGAACAUUUCAUUUCCGACUGCCCUGCACUGUCUAACCUCAGACACAAGUACCUGAAAGAUUGGCUCUUAUAUGAACACCCUCAAGUGAUUAAUUUAUCACUCCUUGAAUCCUCCAACUUGGACACCCUGAAGAAAAUCCAUGGAUAUUGCCGGGAAUGCUUUAAAAUAAAUUUCAACUCAGCCAAAUGUUAA